AGAACGGACCACUGGCCAGACGUACUUUGUACAUUUCUCGAAAUUAUUUUUCUAAAAAUGAAGGAGAAAGUGUUCGGUUUAAUUUUUCUUUGGCUCGCCGUGAAAGUAUGUGAAUGUACGAAUAGUUCUGGCAAAUGCGACGUAAGAUACAGAUAUCCUGUGGACGAAAAGCCCGACCUAUUCCUUAACAUCAAGCACGAAGUGGAUCAAGGUACCUAUGGCAUUGGAAUAUGUCGAAUUCGUCACGAGGCAAAUUCGGUAUUAGACAUUUUCGAGAGCACACCUUACUACGAGGAAGGGCAGGAAAUCUCAAUAUCGAGCCUCCACUACGAUGCCCAAGAUGACGCGAUCCUAUACUUUACAAGAACCAAAAGCUCGAUGGCGAGGCUCUACAAAAUGCGCCUGAACGAGACUAAUCGGGAAUUGAUAUUCGAUCAAGAAGAGCUUUGGAGUUUGGGGUGGCCUUUCACCAGUUUUCUGAUAACGAAUACCGCUUACGACUGGGCAGCGAGAAAUUUGUACAUGAAUUUACACUACUUUGUAGGGGUCAUCAACAUCGAAAAUCCGUGGAACAUCAGUGUGAUACUGAAAAAGCGAGAAUUUAUCUCGGACAUCGCUGUACAUCCUAACAAAGGUUAUUUCUUCUUCGUCGACAAAGCUUCUAGAGCUAGAUCUUUGUCCGACAUAAGUAUUUACAGAGCUCAUUUGGACGGCACCAACAUCGUCGAAUUCCGAAAUACCAAGAGCAGCAAGAAGUACAUAACGAACAUAAUGCUGGACUUUUACGAGGACAAGUUGUACUGGAGUAUACCUGAUUCGGAAGUGAUACAAUACUCGAAUCUGGACGGCAGCGAUAUCAGAACCGUAAACAACGUUCGUGUUUAUUAUGAUAUACGGAGCAGCGCAGCUAGAACCCUGGCUAUCGACAGGCAUUACGUCUAUUAUCUUCUGGCUCACUCUAAAUCGGUUCGUCGACUCGAGAAAAGAAGCUAUUUGGAAGACGAGGAUUACGAAGUUUACAACAGAGAACAGAUCAAGGAGAUCAUGGUUUUCACGUAUGCCUCGCAGAAGAUCAGAAACGAUCAUCCCUGUAGGAGUGAAAAUAGCGAUUGUCCAAAAUAUUGCUUUGCAGUACCGAACGAUGAUUCGAUACAAGAUGUUUGCGCGUGUAGUUUUCUUGAAGAUACGUGCGACGAGGUAUUAGAAUAAUGAUUUGUACUAUAGUUUUAUUCUGUAACGAAAUGACUGACUUUAGAUAAUAAUGAAGACGAAUUUCUGUACUUGUUUACGAAAGACUGUUACUAUUACGUAUUCGUCGAUGUAAUAUUCGUAUUAUUCAUAAAUUAAAUAAUAAACAAGUACCACCCAACUA